GUGAAUCGAGCGAGCGAUAUUUGUCAGACCUUGGAACCAACCUCGUUCUCUCUCUCCCUGCCUGAUUUGUGCUGUUCUUCACACUCCUAUAUCACUGGUACAAAACCUGCCUUUCUUCUCAGUCGGCAGGAUUAGCAACAUUUUCCCGGAUAUUCAGCCCUGAGCUUUACCCUCCCAACUUUCAAGGCAAUAAUUUUUAAAUCGUUUUCCCUCGAUUCCUGGAUUCUGACAUCGUAACUCUGGAGUGGUUCGUGUUCCCACGCAUGGAGCCAGGAUUGGUUUUGAGCGAAAUGCCGGAAAUGCAUUCCAUCGCAGGAGGUAGAUUUUUCGGCGCCGGAGGUGGCGGUGUAGACAGGAGGCUCAAACCUCUCCCCAGCGCUCACAACAAUGCCAACCAUAACCACCAGACGUUGAAGUGCCCGAGGUGCGACUCCCUCAACACCAAGUUCUGCUACUACAACAACUACAACCUCUCUCAGCCGCGCCAUUUCUGCAAGAAUUGCCGUAGAUACUGGACCAAAGGCGGCGUCCUCCGCAACGUCCCUGUCGGCGGCGGUUCCCGGAAAUCUAAGCGCUCCAAACCCAAAAACCCUUACUCAGAAACUUCCUCUGCCGCCGUGACAACGGCACCACCAGCGGAGCGCGAGCGUAAGACGUCGGACUCUCAUUCCAGCAGUGAAAAAUCCAGUGAUUCCAGCCUCGUCGUCCGUUCCAAUUCGAAGCCUAGCUUGGAACUAGUCGUCGCUGGAGAGGGAGGAGAAUCCGGGAUUUUCUCGGAGAUAGAGAACUUGACGAGCUUGAUCACACCCACGAACGAGACCCUGGCAAUUGGAUAUGGGAAUACAAUCGACGCUCCAUCGUUUCAGCUGCGCAGCCAGUGGCAGGAAGGGACGAACGCGAGCGAUAGUCGUCAUCAGGACUCGAAGUUUCCGGAGAUGAUGACGACGGCGACUGGAUCGUUGACGGAGCAGACGGUGCAAAAUAUAAUGGGGCACGGAGAACUUGGGCCGUUGGAUUGGCAAGGGAGCGCCGAUCAUCAAGGUUUGUUUGAUGUUGCUAACACCGUUGAUCAGGGUUUCUGGAGUCACAAUCAGUGGAACGAAGACAAUUCGGGUCUUUUUCAUCUACCUUGAAUGCUGAAAAACUCAAGGGAAUCCCGAAAUCAAUCUAUCACUUUCACUUGUUCAUUUUAAACUUAAUCCAUAGAAGAAUGGAAAAUCUGAGACGGGAAACCGGAGGAGCAAGGAAGGAAAUCCUAGAAUUAGCGAAUCACCAUAUGUAAUUUUUGUUACUGUUUUUAUUUUGGGUUAUUGUAACGUGAGGGGGUGAUGGAGUUAGAUAUGAGCAAAGGUGUAAGAGGUGUGAGAGUGGAAUCAAAGUAGCCUUCAUAUAAGUUGGCUCGCGUGGCCUUGAUAUUGUUUUUGUGAGUGGGAAUUUGGUUUUCUGGGUUCCGUUAGAUGGCUUUGAUUAUUGAUAGAAAUGCAAAGAAAAGAAUGGGAGCUGGGGAUGGGGAUGACAGCCACGUCAACGAAGAAUGACGCGAAGCGGGGUGAUGUAAGAAAGAGGGUGGGACCCGAUGCCCGGGGAUGGGGAAUGCAAGAUACAUUCCGGAUCCGGGUCAAGGGAUUGUUUUAGUUCAACAAGCGAUUUUGAGUUCAGAGGUGCAGCUAACUCAAUAUGACAAGCCUCUUGCACCCUAUGAAAAAAAUAUCAAAUUCAUGAAUACAACUUGCUGUAGAUUCAAAACUUGAUAGGAAUGACGGAUCAGCAUUUGCAGAAGGAACAAAAAAUCCUGCGCCAUGGACGCCUUGUGGAUCGAGAGGUUGUGCCAGCUUCCGCCAUCCUCACAGGGCUUCCGCUCCAUUCUCUCUGUAAUCUGUGUCACCAACAACAUCACCCAGACCAUCGUCAAACUCUUGCCCUGGCUAUGAUCAAGUUAAAGCACUUGAAGAAAGGAAGUGGAGGAAGCUUGUUACAUGGGAAAAGUAAACGAGUGUGUGCUGCUGAUGCUGUCACUAGACUCGUGAGAGGCAGAGACUCUGCCUGUGCCACAGGAACACCACUCUCCAUGCUUAUUAUUGAAUAGUCUCGCAUCCUCCUCUUCUUCCUCACUGCCCUGCACAUCACACUUGGUAAUUAAUAAUCCACUACUAAGUUAUGUGAUCUGCUAGCGGCCUAGUGCUCACUGCUGAUAUGUUAAUGAUGGAUUUUGUCCAAUAAUAACAAGCUUUAUUUCACUGAA